AUUAGGACGCGAAGGAUUAUGGGAUGUUGGAGGAGCUUCGGAAGGAGGAGGAGGAAACCCGCCCCAUGGGUGGGAGGAACCGUUCGCAAGAGAAAAAGGAAAAAUGGCCGCCUGCCUGCAAGAGGAUUACAUGUAUUGAGUAAGCCCAACAACCCACGGACAAAAACUGUUCUUUAACCUGCUGGUGCAGCUGACUACUGUAUCCCUUGCCCGAAGGUAGGAGAUUAAAGAGCUAAGAUUCUCUCCUUGCCACCACAAUGCCACAGCAGCGCGUCCUCCCCCAGAGCAAGGAAACCCUCCUUCAGUCUUACAACAAGAGGCUGAAAGAUGACAUCAAGUCUGUCAUGGAUAACUUCACAGAAAUAAUCAAAACUGCAAAGAUUGAGGAAGAAACCCAAGUUUCUCGAGCAACCCAAGGCGAGCAGGACAACUACGAGAUGCAAGUCAGAGCUGCAAAUAUUGUUCGGGCUGGUGAGUCUCUUAUGAAGCUUGUCUCUGACCUAAAACAGUUCCUGAUCCUUAAUGACUUCCCUUCCGUCAACGAAGCCAUCAACCAGCGGAACCAGCAGUUGCGCAGCCUUCAGGAGGAAUGUGAUAAGAAGCUUAUUGCCCUGCGUGAUGAGAUCUCGAUAGACCUCUAUGAGCUGGAGGAAGAAUAUUACUCUUCCAGCUACAGUCUGUGUGACACCAACGACCUCCCGCUGUGUGAAGCAUAUUGGAGACAGGAGCUGACCAUGUCCUCCCCAGAAGGCCUAGCCAUGCCUCUGGUGGCUGCCAUGAUGGAGGAGAAUAUUCCAGUCCCUCAGGGGUCUACUCCUCCUCACCCUCACAUCAACGGGCAUGGAGCAGGCCCGACGGAGCACGCUUGAAAAGGGAGCCUGCAAUUCUCCCCAGCUUUGUGGCGUUUUGACAGUUGAACAUUCCGGUGAUUGCAUCAAGACAACAUUUUCCUGCCCUCCCCAGGCCAUCUCGCAGCAGGCCUCAGCUGUAUUUGCAAGAAGCCACAUUUCUCUAGGCACCACCUCACAGGAUAACCAACCCAGUGUUUCACAUGGGGUGCCCAGUGCAGUCAAGAUGGGAAGUUUGCUUCUCUUGUGGCUGUGCCUUUGGCGUGCAGGCAUUAUUUUAAUGUUCCCUGCCUAUGAGUGAAAUGUAGAUCCCUUGGGAACUGUGCUCUCUUAGAUGGAAUUUCUUGUGGGGAAAAGUUAGGCUGUUGCUUAUAGUCUGAUAUUUUAGUAUCUGAAUAGUAAUUUUAGAGCAGCUAAUUUUAGAGUGCUAAGAGUUUUUCUAAAAAAAAUAUUAAUCUGUAAAUAUCCUUACCUGUCCAGGUCAGUCUUCUAGAUCAGGGGUUCCCAACAAAAUUUUCUCGAGGACCCCUCAUCGAGCCGCUAUUGUGACAAGGACCCCCAUUAAUUCCUAAUCCUAAAAUUAAAAAGUGAGAGCCAAAUUAAGAGUCUUUUUAUAUUUUAUAUUUAUACAUUUUUUACAGUUACAACAGAGUACUCCAUCAGUAUACAGUUAGUUUUAAUUUUCAGUUCUUAAUGAGAUGAACCACUUUUUAACCAACGGUCCAUUUUUAACUACGCAAACUGUAGCUUCCGCGAAAAACAACGCUUUGUUUACAAACACUACUGUUUUGCAAAGAGGCAGCGCGCGCCAGGGAGGAGGGAGGGGAAUGGAGAAGACAGGGUACCUGCGCAGUAGCGCACAAAUGAAGCCGACGCGCGCAAAGCAUCUUGGGGAGGUGAGCGUUAGUAGAAUGCGCGCGCUGCCUCUUUGCAAAACAGUAGUGUUUGUAAAGCGCCACCUAACGGCAUACAGCAGAACUACUGCCUCUAUCUAAUUUUAGUUUUGCGCUAGACUCUGCUCAUGUAGGAAGCGGCCAAAACAAAAAAAUCUGUUAUCAUACGAAAUAUAUUUAAUAUAUUUUUUAGCACCUUGUGGACCUCUCUGGGGGUCUGCGGACCACCUGUUGGGAACCACUGUUCUAGAUACUUAGUUGUCUUUUACAAUGGAUUGAGGGGGUCGGGGGUUGCCACCUUCUUUUAGUGGCUCUGACACUGCCUUUAACACUGUAAUUAAAUGGAUCAGGGGUUUUGUGUGUGAAAAUACUUAAUCUGUACAUCAGGCUUCUGCUAAAGGCAAACUUUGGUUAAAGGAGCCCAAAGCUGCUGCCUUUCUUCCCCCAAAAUACAGUCCAGAUGGCCGCUUUUUUGGUCUGGUCCUGCUCCUGUGCCUUCAAGGCAGCCCAAGAUGGCAGAAAUUUAAGCCAUUGUAAUUAUUGCCACUGGAUACAAAAUUAUAAGAAGAGUGUCUUUGUCUACAUGGUCGGUUUCUCUUGAAGGUGCAGAAGCUGUAAACAAAAUGAAAAAACUUGGUGGCCCUAGUACUAAAUUAAGAACAGCUAUUAAAAAGCAAUGAUAUUACGUUUUCAGUACUGUAUUCUUUCUUCAUAUCAGUUAUGUAAUCUAAGACUCACACCCCUAUCCUGCAAAUACCUACUCUAUUGAGUAGCUUGAGGGAGCAGUGUUCAGGGGUUGUUUUCCCGUACUCCAGUUGCUUUUUGGGCCAUCCAAAACAUUGCAAAACUACUGACAAAACUACUGUCAACCUUUCUUUAAAAAAACCAAAAGAACCUGACCAUUUCUAUGUGCAGCUUCAUGUGGGCUGAUAUCCUCUGCUUUACCUCCACCCAAAUCAGGAGGAGAUUUGUCAGUUUGAGGAUGCGUGUCAGGCGGCUGUUUAAAGGCAGAAGAGAAGUGUCAGUUGAAAAAGAGACCUUAGGUGUAUAUUCAACAUUAGUCUUCUGAUGCAAGUUCACUUGAACACUUGAUUGUAACAUGUUUGUGGCGUUGUUAAAGUAGGAUUUUGUGGGGGAUGUUUAAUUGAAAAAAAUGUAUAUUUCUCUAAUUGUUAACAAAUUGCUUGAAUAAAAUCAAUUUUUAUACAAAGGUUUGGAAAGAAAGAUUUUGAGCUGGGGGGUGGGGAGAGAAUGAAGUUUUCCCUAAUGGGUAGAAUUUCAGCCAUCAAAAUGAAUGUACAGUAUUACCUAAAAUGUUUUUAUUCCAAUCUGUCCUGAUUGUGCUGCUUCAGAGAUAUUUCUAGAUAUAUCUGCUGCUUUAGAGAGAUUUCUAGAUAUAUGUGGCGGGGGAAGAAACCAAGAAUUAAAUAUAAAACUGAUAGUUAAUAAAUGAAUAAGAGGCUUUACCCCCCCUUCACCCUUUACAAUUAUACUAUGAGGCAGCAUGUCUUUGCUCGCUAAAGGAAUGGAUUGGUUUGAAAAGACACUUAUCCAUUAGAUCUGGAAGGUCAUGAUCUUAAAUUUGGCUGGCAUGCAUGUCUAUGGUAUGGGAAGGCUAAGAUACAUAAGAGUUUUUUCAAAUCGUGGAGUCUGGGAGAAAUAUAAGAACUUGUUGGAAAGGAAAACUCCAUUGUGUUUAUCGCGAAUAGAAGCCAUUGCUAUGAAAAGAAUAAAUAUGGUCAGACAAUGGGCGACAUACAGUGAAUUCCUGGACAUUUCAGAGAAGGAACUCAGACUGAAGACAGUGGAAGAAAUAAAAAACAAGUAGCAGAUUGGUUACAAUAUUAUAAAUUAAAUGAAUGGUUCAAGAAAGAUUUAAAAAUGUUUUUUGGGACCAAAGCUCAGAAUUUGAGAGAAUCCUAUUAGAAAAUAAUGAAAAAUUAUUAUCUAAAAUGUAUAAGUUCUUAUUGGAGCGGGAAACAAAAGAUGAGCUGGUAAAAUAAUCAAUGAUUCACUGGGCAAGAGAUAUAGGGCAUAAUAUUGAAUUUGACCGCUGGGAGAAACUAUGGAAGAAAUAUUUGAAAUUUACUGCAUGCAAUACAGGGGGCCAGCAACCUUUUUCAGCUGUAGGCCGGUCCACCGCCCCUCAGACCACGUGGUGGGCUGGACUAUAUUUUGGAAAAAAAUAUGAAUGAAUUCCUAUGCCCCACAAAUAACUCAGAGAUGUGUUUUAAAUAAAAGCACACAUUCUACUCAUGUAAAAACACCAGGCAGGCCCCACAAAUAACCCAGAGAUGCAUUUUACAUAAAAGGGUACAUUCAACUCAUGUAAAAACACAUCAAUUCCUAGACCAUCCAUGGGCCAGAUUGAGAAGGCGAUUGGGCCGCAUCUGGCCCACAAGCCUUAGGUUGCCUACCCCUGUGCUACACACUAAAAGAAAACCAUGUGAAAAUGAUACAUAGAUGGUAUAUAACUCCAAACAGGUUAACUAAGAUGUAUAAAUCUAAAUCUGAUAUGUACUGGAAAUGCAGAGAAGUGGGAGGAACUUUGCUACAUAUGUGGUGGGCAUGCAGAUUAGUUAAGGAAUAUUGGGAAAUGAUAUACAGUCGUUCCGGAGCCCCGGCCACCAGCCGAAAUGGGUGCAGGGCGAAGCGCCGCAUCUGUGCAUGCAUGCAGAGAGGUUUGCGUUUCUGCGCAUGGGCGAAGCGGGAUUUAGCGCUUCUGUGCAUGCGUGAGCGGCAAACCCAGAAGUAACCCGUUCCGGUACUUCCGGGUUUGCUGCGGACGUUCGCCGCAAUGGACGCUAGACAAGGCGGAUGUUCGUGGAGGUAUUACUGUAUAAUGAGAUGGGAAAAAAUGUUUUAGAAAAACAUUCAUCCCCAAACCAGAAGCAUUUCUUUUGGGAAUGGUGCAGACAGAGGUGCCCAGGAGCCAGAAAAACGUAUUUAUGUACACAAUUAUAUCAGCUCAGAUUUUGUUAGCCCAAAAGUAGAAGGUGAGAAAAGUUCCUAAGAAAGAGGAAUGGUAGCUCAAAAUGAGAGAAAAUAUGCAGAGUUAACAGGCCUAAGAGAGCAAGAAGGUCAAAUACAGUAAUAUAAAGAAGAGUGGAAAAAUUUAAUGGAGUAUUUGGAAAAUAACUCUAAGCAAGUGAAAACAGUAGCAGGAUUAAGGUAAAUUCAACAGUAGUGAGAUAUAAUCGGGGGGGGGGACCAAAUUAAAU